AUGGAUGGUUUACUGAUGACUUCACUUGUUGAACAAGUGUUGGAUGGGCACAAAAGAACUGACAACGGCUUCACUGCAUUUCAAGUGUCAAAGGCAAUGGAAACGGUUUCCAAUGGAUGCGAGGUUAUUAUCUCGGAUAAGAAUGUGAGGGCAAGGUUGAAGACUCUUAAAAAGGAGCACACUGAAGUGCGACAAUUGCUCAAUAUGAGCGGCUUCGGGUUGGACCCAGAAACAGGACGCAUUGUGGCAGAUCAAGUUGCGUGGGAUGAAUUUAUUAAGGGAAAGCCAGAAUUCGGAAAGUGGAUGACCAAACUUUGUCCAAGAUAUGAUGAGAUGGAGACAAUAUUUGGCAACGAUGCAGCCACAGGAGAUCGCGCAGUGUCUGGUUUCGACGAUUUCUCCCCAAUGAAUGGUAUGUAA